AUGAGAUUGCUAAAGGCAAUUUAUUUGGAGCGCCAGACAAUUGAAAAUAAGGAAACCAACAAAAUUACCACUCAGGAAAAGGAAAAGGCUUGGGGCAGAGUAGCGGUCGCAUUUAAUGCGGCCUCAAACGAAUACCGGAAUACUGAUCAACUAAAGUCAAAAUUUGAUAAUUUAAAAACAAAAACAAGGAAAAUUGUUGCCCACGAGAGAGCACAUAUACGAGGCACUGGUGGUGGUGCUCCGAUCCCAAUAACAAAUGAUCCUGUGACUGAGUUGGUACUUAAAAUAAUUAACAUAGAAACAGUUGUUGGGUUGGAGAAUAUUCAUGAUUGCGACAUGAUUAAUCAUGUGGAUAAAGUAAUAAAUGAUAGAGAAGCAAUCCAAACUGUAAAACCAAAUUUCGAAAAUAUUCAAUUCAAUUUAAAAAAUAUAGACGUAAUGUGGGAAACCAAUAAAGCGGAAAAAGAAGUCGACAAUGCUAAAAUAAUACUUUUGGCAACAGAGGAAAUCAAAACUUCUCAGCCAAUUUUGCAGGACGAAACAAUUAUUCCGUCAAUUUCCAAAAAGGGUAAGAAUAAUAAUUUUAAAGAGGAAGGGCAGACACCUAGAAGAAAAACUUCUAUAAAUAAGUGGGGUAAUUAUACCACAAGAAAUUUACAGGAGCCCCUGAGCAGAAAACUCAGACCAACUACAAUAAGCCCACUUGCCAUUGCAAAAGAAGAUUAUUAUAUAUAA